AGCGUGUUUACCGUACAUGGGUUAAUAUAACUGUGACCCGUGCUAAUGCCAUUCCCAGGAUUCACUUGGAGCUCAAUGGUGGAAACAAGUCUACGUCGUUCUUGGCUAAAAUAACGAUCGCCCCAAUGUAGCAGAUUCACAGACACAAUCCCCACGACUACCGACAGUCAAAUAUAUAGUUGCAUCUUGUUGAUCGCUCCUACGCCUGCUAGGUCGCAUGCCUAUUAUAGCGACCCAAGCUUUGCGGCCCAUCAUCAUGAAAAACGUUCUUAAUCUCAUCGCAGCAACUGCACUCGCAGUUAGCGGGGCCUCUGCCCAUUACAUCUUCCAGCAAUUUAGCCUGGGCUCAACGAAAUACUCUGUUUAUGAGUACAUUAGAGAGAACACAAACUACAAUUCCCCAGUUACUGACCUUACCUCGAACGAUCUACGCUGUAAUGUCGGGGCGAAUGGUACUGGCACAGAGACGAUUGCUGUAAAGGCCGGGGACUCUUUCACUUUCACUCUUGACACUGCGGUCUAUCAUCAAGGACCCGUUUCGAUUUACUUAUCGAAAGCGCCAAGCACUGCUGCGACUUACGAUGGAAGCGGUUCAUGGUUCAAGAUUCUUGACUUAGGUCCAACCUUCAGUGGAGGCUCAGCCACAUGGAACUUGGCGCAAUCUUACACCUACCAGAUUCCUUCGUGUAUCGCAUCUGGCGAGUACCUCCUUCGUAUUCAGCAGCUCGCCAUCCACAAUCCUUGGCCGGCCGGCAUCCCACAAUUUUAUAUCUCCUGCGCCCAGAUCAGCGUGACGAGCAGUGGUACCAAGACCUUCUCGGGGGUUUCCAUUCCCGGGGCUUUCAAAGAUACCGAUCCCGGAUACACCGUCAACAUUUACAACAACUUUAACAAUUACACUGUCCCAGGCCCUGCCGCAUACACAACGAAGAAUUUCCGCACUUGUCAAGUCGCCAUAUUUUAA